AUGGAGGGAGCACUGGAAAGAAAAAUUGGGCUCCUCUUGACAACUACUAAUUCGCUUCUCCAUUCGCUGAGGAAUGUAAGCUUCACCGGAAGUUACAGCAAAUCCCCAAGCGUGCUUUUGACAGCCAAACAUUCUACUUCUGGAGGAAAUGCUGCUGCAGAAUGCAAUGGUAUAGUGGGCUGGAUAGAGUUCAUCACCACCUCUGGCUUUAGAAUAUGUGUCAAGGAAGUAUUUGUCAAUCGCUUUGAUCCACUAACUGUAUCAUAUGCAGUUCUAGCAGACAUAUGCCUUGAAGGAUGGGCGUACUAUAAGGGAUACUGCUACAGAAGAAUUUCUUCCUGCGAUUCCUGGAGUGGGAGCCAGGCAACGUGCGCCACUCUGGGGGCUAGUCUUCCCAGCAUUCACAGUCAGGAAGAAAAUGUGUACAUACAGAGUCUACAUGGCGGUGACCACUCGUGGCUUGGCCUUUCUGACCGGAACACUGAAGGAACAUUCGUGUGGAGUGAUGGAUCGCAGUUUAACUUUCAUUACUGGGCAAGCCAUCAGCCAAAUAAUUUUCACGAUGAGGACUGCGUCCAUACUCUUGGUGUCCUCAAAAAUCAUAAGUACAGAUGGAACGAUGUAAAUUGCUCAGACUGUCAUAAAUUCACCUGUAAGAAAGAUUACAAUGAAUGCAAGGACUUUGCUUACGACUGCCCAGUUAAUGCCACUUGUGUGAACAAUGUUGGUUCUUACUCUUGCCAAUGUCCAGCUGGAUUUCGCCUAAACGGAAGAAAUUGCACAGACAUCGAUGAGUGCAGCUCGGGAUCAUUUUCCUGUCACUCUCGUGGCCAAUGUGUGAAUAUCCCUGGUUCGUACGACUGCAAAUGUUUACCAGGAUAUGUAGGAGAUGGAAAGACUAAUUGUGAAGCUCCACGCCUGACAGCAUCAAGCUCUUGCGUGUUAUCAAAAUUAACAAGGACAUCUGGAUACUUCAGAAUAACCCAGUUUGGUUCGCAAUACAGCAACAAUAUGGAUUGUCGAUGGAAUUUUUCCUCGAAUACAAAAAUAGAACUUGUCUUCCACAGUUUUAGCACUGAAUCGUCUAUUGAUUUCGUGUCUGUGUACGAUGGUGGGUCGGUGUCUUCGCCUCUGAUAAGAAAAAUGAGUGGAUCUUCACUGCCGCCACCUAUUACAAGUUCUUCAAAUAAUCUCUAUGUAAAGUUUUCGUCUGAUGGCACGAAUGCGUUUGACGGUUUUCAAGCAACAUAUCGAGUUCUUACCGCUGGAUCCAUACGUAUCAGUGGCAACACUGCUAUUGGAAGGAUUGAAGUCUACUAUGAUGGCCAGUGGGGUACGGUUUGUGACGAUGCGUGGGAUAUCAACGAUGCUAACGUAGUGUGCAGGCAGCUUGGCUACACACGAGCGAAGCGAGCCUACAGCGGCGCCACCCACGGCCAAGGUACUGGGCCAAUUUGGAUGGACGAUCUGGCAUGCUCAGGCAGUGAGUCUCAUGUAUAUGACUGUAGACAUCGUGGAUGGGGAAACCAUGAUUGUACACACAGUAGGGACGCCAGUGUGGAGUGUUUGUCAAUCCGUUUGGCGAAUGGUGGCGCCAACUAUGGCCGCAUGGAGGUUUAUCACAAUGGGCAGUGGGGCACAGUCUGUGAUGAUAGUUGGGAUAUGAAUGAUGCCGAUGUAGUGUGCCGUGAGCUUGGGUUUCCCAGUGCGUCAUCAGCUCCUCACAGGGCACGAUACGGUCAGGGAUCUGAUCCCAUCUGGAUGGAUAACGUGAGAUGUCGAGGAGAUUCUUCUCUGUUGAACUGUGCACAUAACGGCUGGGGAAGUCACAACUGUGGCCACGGUGAGGAUGCCAGCGUAAUAUGUAACACCUAAACAACCCUGAAAACAUUUUUCUUUUUUACUAUGAUCUCUAGACGCUGGAAUCAAUUAUAUUAUUAUAGUAUGUAAAAGAGAAAUAUCACUCGGGAAUGAGUGAAACAUAAAUUUAGAGUAAAAAAAUCAAAAGCUCUCUGCGAGAAGGAAAAGAUCACAUUUUCUUUUGAUCGCUUAGACUUUGAAUAUUACAUUUCGGGACCUAGUUUCUUUCGUAAAUGUCAAGUUCAGUUAGAAACAAAUAGAAUUUUAGGUAUCUGGUUUUUUGCUGAAGUUUUGCCGAAGGCUAAACAUCGUCAUGUUGAUUAACAAUCUGGUACGGUUUGAAAAUAGGAACUCCAUUAAGUAAGCUUUCAUUUCACGUU